GUCACUUUCUCUUUAAAUGCAAAUUACCUCCUCCCAGCUCCACUUCCACCCGCUCGGCUCCCUAGGAGGAGAGCGCCGAUCGCGGAGGGAACGGCCCAGAAGCCUCACUCCCGACGCCACACCUCCAGCUUCCUGACAGGAAACCCCAGCAGCAGCAGGACAACAGUGUCUGGUCCAGCCCUUCCAGGCAGCGGCCAGUGGGACCUGAGGCCCAGCCGGCAUCCAAUGGAGGACAAGAAGAAGAAAAGGAGUCCCAAGCCCUGCCUGACCCAGCCAGCCCAGGCCCCGGGAGCACUACGAAGGGUCCCUGUGCCCACCAGCCACAGCGGUUCCUUGGCCCUGGGACUCCCUCAUCUGCCGUCCCCCAAGCAGCGGGCCAAGUUCAAGAGGGUAGGCAAGGAGAAAUGCCGCCCGGCGCUGGCCGGAAGCGGGGGCGGCUCUGCAGGCACGCCCCUGCAGCACUCCUUUCUGACCGAGGUGACGGACGUCUAUGAGAUGGAGGGGGGACUGCUGAACCUGCUCAAUGAUUUCCACUCGGGCCGGCUGCAGGCCUUUGGGAAGGAAUGCUCCUUUGAGCAGUUGGAGCACGUGCGGGAGAUGCAGGAGAAGCUGGCCCGGCUGCACUUCAGCCUGGACGUGUGCGGCGAGGAGGAGGAGGAGGAGGAGGAGGACGCGGUCACCGAGGGGCUGCCCGAGGAGCAGAAGAAGACGAUGGCUGACCGAAACCUGGACCAGCUGCUCAGCAAUCUGGAAGAUCUUAGUAAUUCUAUGUAUCCUUUCCAGGGGACCCUGCUGGUGUGUGUUUGGGGAAACUAAGCCUGUGCAGGAUGGACAGACAGGGCUGGGAAGACUGGGGUCCAAAGCAUCGCAAUCCUUGACUGGCACAGACAGAAGUUGCACCUGGCCGAGAACGCCGAGCCUGAGGAGCAGUCAGCUGUGUAGGUGUCGGACCCAGGCCCAGACUGCCCCUCUCAUUCCCUUCAAACUGUGACCUUUUAUGGACUCGAUCGGGUAUUCCGCGGCUCCCCAGGUGCUACGGGGGAGGGGGGCACUGGAUGGCAUUAAACCAGA